AUGCAUGACCGAUCACGUAAGCAAGUUGCUGAUUGUCAAGAGAACUUCAAUUACGAACAGGACAUAAACUAUACGCUAAAAAUGUGCCAGUGGGUUCUAAAAACAAUCGGUAUGUGGCCUUUAAUUUACAAUCGUACUAGUAAAUUGGAGAAACUUGUUUCGAUCGGUUUGCUAAUAACGUGUUUCUCCUGUCUGCUCUUCUUCCUUAUACCUUUUCUUUACUAUAUGUUCUCCGAGAAUAACGGAAAGGUUAAAGUGAAGCUGAUCGCAUCGGUAAUUUUUUGCCUGGCAUGCACGAUGAAGUACUGUUUCCUUGUUCUACAAGGAGCAGGCUUUAAACGUUGCAUUCUACAUAUAGAAAGAGACUGGAGAACUGUGAACAACCCAAAUCAUCGUAACAUCAUGUUACGGCACGUUAACAUCAGCAAAAAUCUAAACAUCUUGUGUGCCGCGUUCCUUUAUACCGCUGGACUGUCGUACCACGCCAUAAUACCACUAUUGUCCAAGGGAAAGGCAAAAGCAAACAGCACAGGAAAAUCAUUAGCGUACCCGGUCUAUGAUCCAUUCUUCGACACAAAGUCCAGUCCAACCUACGAAAUUAUUUUCUGUAUUCAAUUUGUCACCGGUCUCAUAAGGUACAGCAUUACACUCGGUGCGUUCAGUUUGGCCGUGCUUUGCGUAACUCAUAUCUGCGGGCAAAUCCAGAUACAAAUAUCACGAUUGGAGAAUGUGAUUCGGAACAAGAAAGACAAACAUUCUGAUCGCAACGCUUUUGCCAUUAUUGUUCGAGACCAUGCUGAGAUCUUAAGAUUCUCUAAGAACGUCGAGGAAACUUUAGGCCAGAUAUGUCUGACGCAGAUCGUGGAGUCCACGUUGGUUAUAUGUUGUCUCUUAUACAAUACCUUGACGGAGUGGCAAAAUAGAAAUAUGAUUGCAGUAUCGACGUAUAGCAUUUAUCUGAUCUCCUUCACUUUCAAUAUAUUUAUAUUUUGUUACACGGGCGAAAUUUUGUCUGAACAGUGUAGCCAAAUCGGUCCAGCCUCUUAUGGCAUCGAAUGGUACAAUUUACUACCAAAAAAAGCUUACAAUCUUGUUCUUCUGAACGUGGUAUCGCUUUACCCGCCUAAAUUGAUGGGUGGAAAAAUAAUCGAAUUAUCUCUGAAUACCUUCGGUGCUGUAUUGAAGACAUCAGUGGUCUAUUUCAAUCUAUUACGGACACUUGCUGAUUGGUAA